AUGAUUUAAUAAAAUGUUAAAUAUUCCCAUAUUAAAUGGCUUAAAGGGAGUGUUCUAUCAAUCAUAAAACAUACUUAUACAAUUACAAACUCUUUAGUGAAAGAAGAAUCAAAAAUUACAAUUAUUAAUAGUAUCAAUAUGAAAAAAUGGUUACAUUAAUUUAGAAUAAAAGGAAAUAAUCAAAAUAUGAAAAUUAUUUAGAAUAGACUUUGGAAUAUGAAUAUAAAUAAAAUGUAAGAAGGAUGGAAAAGGAAAAUAGCUUUUUUUCAAGGUUUUAAUAAAAAUUAUUAGAAAUAGUGUAAUAAAAUAGAAGGUAAUAAAAGAAUAUUAUAUAAUAUAUAUUUAUUUGUGAUGUAUAUAAGCACAAAUUUAUUUAUUUUUUUCAUAUAAAUGGCUGAUUUCUUGAGAGAUUUCUUGAUUGGUGGUGUUUCUGCUGCUGUUUCAAAGACUGCUGUUGCUCCAAUUGAAAGAGUCAAAUUGUUACUCUAAACCUAAGAUGCAAAUAAAAAAAUUUAAGAAGGAGGUGCCAAGAAAUACAAUGGUAUUGUUGAUUGCUUCAUCAGAGUCCCAAAGGAAGAAGGUUUAUCAGCUUUAUGGAGAGGUAAUUUGGCCAAUGUCAUCAGAUAUUUCCCAACUUAAGCAUUGAACUUUGCCUUCAAAGAUGCCUACAAGAAGCUUCUCUGUCCAUUUGACCCAAAGAAGGAGAAAUUCCUCUUUUUCUUAGGAAAUAUGGCUUCAGGUGGUGCAGCCGGUGCAACAUCUUUGAUGGUUGUUUAUCCACUCGAUUUUGCAAGAACAAGAUUAGCUGCAGAUAUUGGUAAGAAGUCUGAGAGACAAUUCGCUGGCUUAUCAGAUUGUUUGAGUAAAGUAUAUAAAUCAGAUGGAUUCAUCGGAUUGUAUAGAGGAUUUGGAGUUUCAGUUUUAGGAAUUGUGGUAUAUAGAGGAGUCUAUUUUGGUACAUAUGACACAGCAAAGGGAACAAUCUUUAAACAUCCAAUGAUGGGUAACAUUUUAGCCAAAUUCAUUGUUGCCUAAUUCAUUACAGGAACAGCUGGUGUUAUUUCUUAUCCAUUAGAUACAAUCAGAAGAAGAAUGAUGAUGCAAUCUGGAAGAGCAGAUGUUCUUUAUAAAAAUACACUUGAUUGUGCAGUCAAAAUUGCUAAGAAUGAAGGAACCAAAGCCUUCUUCAAAGGAGCCCUUUCAAAUUUCUUCAGAGGAAUCGGUGCAUCACUUGUCUUAGUCCUCUAUGAUGAAAUCUAAUAAUUUGUUGCCCCAGGAUCCAAAUCAUCAGGAGGUGAAUGAUCAAUUAUUAUUGUACAUUCAAUAUACAAUAUAACAAUAUAUAUUACCCACACACACA